CAAGAGGUGAUGCCCCUCCUUACAACACAAGGGGGCCUUAUAUAGGCUCCAAGAGACUUAACCCUUAAGCAACUAAACUCAUGGUUAGCUAACUUAACCAUGGUUGGACACUAUUACAGACAAGACACAUACCUAAUUGUCAUGUAGCUAACAUGACAAUUACCAAACUUAUUAAGUACAAGCAUGCUUUUCAACAGUAAAACUACUGUUGCUACAGUUGUUAAAUGCAGCAAACAUAUCCUCAGCAAAGACAAUGACUUGUAUUUCUACUUUAGGUCUGCUCCACCAAAAGAGGACAUCAAGUAGACUCAAGCCACGUACUAACACUAGUGAUUUGGUGUGAGUUACAGUAAUAGCGAUGAUCAGAGAGCACGAUCAUGGCCGGUCCCUGACUCUCCCCACGAGGUACAGCCUGUAAAAUCUUGUUCUUACACCCUCGCCCCAUCAUCUUCACCAGCCCACCAAACUCUCAUAACGCGUCAAAAAACAACUCCAUUUAAAACGUCCAAAGCAUCAAUUCCCUUCUCAUUCAUCAGUCUCCAUCUCACAAUGAUCCAAACGCUCACGCUCCUCUUCUUCAUCCUUUUCCACCCAACCCACUCCAAACCUGACUAUCUAAAACUCAACCUCCGCUACAACGGUAACCAUCACCAUUCCCUCUCUCAAACCCUCACCCAAGACUCCAUCCGCCUCUCCUUCCUCUCAUCCCGCACCACUCUCUCCGCCCCAAUCAUCUCCGGCGCCUCCACCGGCUCCGGUCAAUACCUUGUCGAGUUUCACCUCGGCACUCCACCCCAGCGCCUCCACCUCAUCGUCGACACAGGCAGUGACCUAAUCUGGACUCGCUGCUCCCCCUGCCGUUCAAAUUGCUCUUUUCACCACCCUCCGGGCACUACCUUCCUCCCCCGUCACUCCAUCACCUUCUCACCUUUCCACUGCUACUCCCCUUCCUGCCACCUCAUCCCUCACCCCUCUCACUCCUGCAACCACACCCGUCUUCACUCCCCCUGCCGCUACCACUACGCCUACGCCGACUCUUCCUCAACUUCCGGCUUCUUCUCCCACGAUGUUGCCACUCUUCACACCCUCUCCGGCCACCCCACCCACAUCCCCAACCUUCCUUUUGGCUGCGCCUUCAACAUCUCCCCCGGCCCUGCCCUCUCCUCAGCCCACGGCGUCCUCGGCCUCGGCCGCGGCCCCAUCUCCUUCCCCUCCCAUACCUCCUCCAACUUGGGCAACCUCUUCUCUUACUGCCUUCUUGACUACACUCUCUCCCCUCCCCCAACCAGCUUCCUUCUCAUCGGUCAUCACUCUAUCAAACCAAGCUUCACUUCAAACUUGAGCUUCACUCCACUCUUAUCCAACCCAGUCUCCCCCACAUUCUACUACAUCCACAUCACCGCUGUAUAUUUGAACAAUAUUCCACUCCCAAUCGAUCCUGAUGUCUGGGUUCUCGACCCAAACACUGGCAACGGCGGCACCAUCAUCGACUCCGGUACUACAUUGAGCUUCCUCCCCACCCCAGCUUAUGACCAGAUCGUCUCCACAAUGGCUCUGAAAAUCCCAGACCGUUUCAAGAUCUCUCAUGGACCACCAGGUUUUGAUCUUUGCGUGAACUCUACCAAACCUUUGCGGAAGCCCAAGCUUGUCUUCAAGCUUCUCGGCGGCGCCGUCCUGGCCCCUCCUCCGGGGAACUAUUUCAUCGAAGCGGCGGAUGGUGUCACUUGUUUAGCGCUGCAGCCUGCUGACGCCGGCUUCGGUGUUAUUGGUAACUUAAUGCAACAAGGCUUUCUUUUCGUCUUCGAUCGUGAUGCUUCUCGGCUCGGCUUCUCUAGAAACGGCUGUGCUGUUUGAAGCUUCAUGUUUUGUUAAUUUGGAUUAAUUCAUUUUAUGAGAAUUUUAUGUUUUAUUAAA